CCGCCCACUCCGCCGCCACCGGGCCAUGGCCGCCGCCGUCGCGCUCCUGGUGGCCCUUCUGCUUUGUUGCUGGGGCAGGUUCCACGGGCAUAAAAAGAUCAGCGGGGACAGGUGUUCUCAUCAUUCUGAAUGCUUCAGUGACUGCUGCCUGAUGGAUUUAACCGCUGGAGGAGCCUUCUGUGCUCCCAAGGCCAGAAAAGCCAUGGCGUGCCUGCCCCAGGAGAACGGAAACAUCUGCUUUCGGAACCAGGGCUGUAAGAGCGGGUGCUGCCGCAAGGCAGAUGACAACUGCGAGUCGCACUGCACCAUGAUGGGGUCUGAGGGCAGCAAGUGUCAAACGCAGAUUUUCUUCGGCCUGUAUAAGGAGUGUCCCUGCCAUUCAAACCUGACUUGUAUAUUCCCGAAGAAUCAGAAAACAUUUAAACUCAUUUACGGCAGUUGUGAGAAAUAUGUAAAUCAGAAGACACUUGAGAAGACAUGGUUUUAAUGCUGUCCUCCUCUGCGGCCCACCCUCCUGCCUACUUAGAACUCUGUGUUCCUGCCUCCGGCCCUAGAGCCUUGCUGGCAGGGGACAGGAGGGACAAUGAUGUCCCUCUGCUGAAAUAAGGAAUGUUCAGUGUUGGCUGUCUGUUGAGCUGGGCAGGGGUGGUACAGGUUGUUGGGGCAUUAGAAGAGGAUGAGGAGGCGAAGCAAGAAGAAAUACUCUUGGGCUUGGGGUCUUUCUCCAGUUGGAGCAUGAAUCAAAGUCCCCCAGAGGACAGCUAAGAUCCCCUCCAACCCCAACCCCAUCCCAUAAUCUAGCUUCUGAAAACCCAGGUUAUACUUGGUCUCUUGGUUCCCUUGACUUGAAAUUUCAAAAAUGUGAAAGACAGGAAUGAAAU